UGUUUGGUACGUCAAAGUGUUCUGUGGAGCCUGCACGCUAGAACAUAGAACACGACCCACACGCCACCGGGACAACCCCUGCAAGUGUUUCGCAGACGACAGUUCUUUUUUGUUCUUUGCGGGAAGAUUCGAAGAUUGCCAUAUGUCAAGAUUCUGUAGGGUAUCCGCUCCUAGUCCUUUUUUUUAUGCCGGGCAGUCGCUCAUCUUUUCGUUCGGUGUAUAGAGUGUGACGUCAUUGGUUCAUGCGCAUUUUGUAAGUUUUUUUUUGUUGUUGUUGUAAACAAAUAUGGCGACGCCCACGAUCGGAGGUCUCAGUGAUGUCCCCGUCAUAAUAAACGUGACGAGUUUGCGAAGUUCGGAAAGGGAAUGCUCAUCUCCGGAUCGUUUCUUCAGACAAUAUCCGAGCGAUUGCUUGUGGAAAGAAGACUCCCUACGGGUUGUCUUGAACGUUUACUCCAAGCUACGGGAGUGCAACCCCAAAUUGUCAUCGCGCGAAAUAACCCAUUUAACCGCCGAAAUGACCGGAACGUCGUUCGACACUGUGCUGGAAGCGAAACAAAGUUUCAAGCAGCUAAGAUGGACACAUGCUGCGUUCUUGCCAGAACAGCUCCAGCCUGCAAAGAGAACACGAGCACGAAGAAAACGGAAAGACAACAAUGCAACAAGUGCAGGUGCCAGUACAAAAAAGUGGAAAGAGGACGACAUAGAGCAAAAGCUCAGGGCCUUGGAAGAAACAGAAGGCAAAGCAGAGAAUGAAGAAAGUACUGUGGAGGAUGAUAGGUUAAGAAAAAAGAUUAAGCAAGAACAAGACAGUGAGGAUCAAGAAGUCGAAGAGGAAGUUGAGGAUGAAGAGGAACUCGAGGAGGAGACGGACUAUGUUGCCGGAUACUUUGACAACGGCGAGAGCUACCUCGAUGAGGAGGACGACAACUUGGAUGAUGGGCCUGUUUAUUGACCCGUCGGCGUUGACAGAUUGAUUGCCUGCAUCAGGCAAUUUGUGUCACAUCAUUCUAGGAUAUUGCAAUUGAGGAAUGCCAUUUUUUGUUUUGUUUUACAGUCUGUUCACAGGUGACUUCUGUAGGAAUGCAACAUUUUAUUACAGUCAUGUCCAACAUGUGCACAUCCAGAACGAGGAUGUAAGUCAAUAAAUAAUGUAAAAGAUG